AUGUCUACCUCAGCUCAAGAGCCGAGCGGCGGUGCUCAAGAUCGGGGCGAAAGCAAGACCUCAUCCCGUCUUCAUAUUAGCCAGAGAGCUAUCGAAAAUGCCAAGACUGCUGCGAGUAGCGCCCUUGAGGUCUUGGGUAUGGUCGCCGAGGUCACCGAGAACGUUCCUUACCUUGGAGCGAUCUCCAAGGCCCUGACCGCCUUUAACGAUAUUCUUGGGGACGUUUCGGUGUGCAAAGAAGACUGUACUGCCACCAUAGAUGAGGCCGAACAGCUCAGGCUCCUUCUACAGAGACAUGAAGGGAAGAGGGUUCAGUUUAGCGACGGUGAUGAUGGCCCGCUCAGGGAGGAGUUCAAAGAUCUGAACAGUACUCUACUGGACUGUCUUCAGACGUUGCAUGGUUAUCGCGCCAAUUCCAAGCGCCGAAGAGACUGGUUCAGGCUACUCUUCAAACGAGGCGACGUGCAAGCGUCUGUCAAGCGGUGCCGCGAUAAGAUGCAAACCGCGAAGGACAAGUUCAACACAACGGUAGGACUUGACACAAACUUCAAGGUCAGCGACAUGUACCGACGCUUUAAGUCUGUGAAUGUCGCACACGAGCUCGUUGUCGCCACCGGGUCAUCAUGGCAGCUGCGUGCUGCCAACAACAUAUUCCACGGUCGUGACUCGGAGGUUAAGGCCGCCAUCGACCUGAUUGUCAAUCGCGCACCCGCUCGUGUGGCCAUAUUGGGUCCUGGCGGUAUCGGAAAGACUUCUAUCGCUCUGGCAGUGCUUCAUGAUCCGAAAGUGAAGAACCUAUACGGAGACCAUCGCUGCUUCACGUCAUGCAAAGCUGCCACUACUGCCGACGCCGUCGUGCGUGCUCUUGCGAAAAAUUUGGAACUCAGUAUCGAAAAAGAUACAGCACCUGAGACCGCUUGCAAGUGCCUUUUCUCGUAUCUGCGGACUGCUUCUGGAAUUAUAUGCCUCGAUAAUUUUGAAACGCCUCUUACCGAUGAUGAUAAGCCUGCGAUUGAAGAGCUGUUGAACGAGAUCGCAGCACUUGACUCCGUUGCCCUAUUGAUCACAAGCCGUGAUACGAGCAGGCCCACUAUCAGAUGGACGUCACCUCCCCUUUCGCACAUCCAACCCUUGUCCCAGGAAGCUGCUCUCUCCACCUGGGAUGACAUAUGUGGUCUGCACGACGAAUACGCAAUCAGACUCGUCGAUGCGGUGGACUGCAUGCCUUUGGCAGUCACCCUCCUUGCGCGCUUGGCUGCUGACGAGGGGAGCGCGAAGAGGACAUGGGACCGUUGGGAAAAGGAGCACAUCGAUUUCGUUCGCAUUGGAAGAAAGGAGCAUCGCUUGCUUAGUGUCACUGCAUCCAUAGAGAUAUCGCUCAGUGCUCUGAGCGACCGGGAGGGGGCCACCAAAGUGCUCUGUAUAGUCUGCAUGUCUCCAGAUGGGUUCCUGAAUGAUGCGGUUCCCGGACUGCAAGACGUGUUCAGACAGGAUCUCUCGUUGCCUGUCAGCCACUACUUGACAGAACUUAGACGGCUCAGUCUGAGCUACACCGUGAGGUAUACAACAAGAAACACUGAACCUGAACUUGAAUUUCUCGAAUAUCGCGCCCUCUCACCCAUCCGCCACCAUAUUCUACAGCAUUAUCUAUCAGAUGAUCUCAUCGUGACGGUGGCCAAUCUUAUAGCACGAAACCCUAUGGGGUGGAAUGUGGGGGCAUUUUGGAUAUUUUGCCUAAAUUACUCGGAUUUCUGUCGCGAUCGCUGUCUACAGGUGAUGGUAUCCGCUCCAUCUGAGAGCUACGACCCCGACCUACUUUCCCAAGCCCUUGCGUAUGAAAAAUCUCGUGCACCUCAGCCAUGGAUGCGAUCUGGCAUUCUCCGUCAACUAGGGCUGUUAAAGUGCCUUCAAGAGAGAUACCAGGAUGCUGAGGCGUUAUCUUCAGAAGCGAUGGAGCUGGACAAGCAGUUUGGACACGGUGUGGGACUCUUUUUGGACUGCGCAGGGUGGCUUUGGAAUCGUGCAAGCGAGCUCCGUGGGAAAGAAGCAGAAUGUGAGGAGCUGCAAGAGCUGCAAGAAGCUAUUUUGCAAGCCUGGAAACUUGGUCGAGAGUCACGAGCAUGGGCCUCGUCAGAUGUUGAGGCUUUCACGAAGAUAGCGAAGGCACAACACGCCGUUAAUGAAGGGCGGCGCAAGCUUAAUUUGCCCAUCAUCUAUCCAAGCGGUCUCUACUGGGACAACAACUCCAUCGAAGAGUUACAUGACGCUUACCAGGGGUGGGAAGCGACGGAGUGCUAUGAGCGAUUGUUGCAGUUGUCCAUUCCGCCAUGGGAUCUGGCUUUGAUACUCGAAACGCAUCGGGCGUUGGGACACGAACGGCCGGACGCGCAAAAGGUUGGCGAUUUCCGCCGCUCGCAUGGUCCUCAGACCUGGUACCUCAACAAGGGACCACCCUAG